UAUACCUCAUGCGUCUGGGCUUACCAUUCAUCGGAGAUCACUUAGACAUUUACACAAACACCGAGUCUUCCUACUACCAAAAACGAUGAAGGGUGCUACUAUCUCAGUUUUCGUGAUGCUAGUCAUGUUUCAAUUCAUGGUAAAGCAAGGAGACGCCACCGUAAGUUGUGACCAAGUUAGAAGCUCAUUGGCCAAGUGCGUUCCUUUCCUUACCGGUGCUCAAGCGGUUCCCGCGGCUGGUUGUUGUAGUGGCGUGUUGAAACUCCGGACCAUCGCCACUAUAACCGCGGACAAACAGGCGGCUUGCAACUGCGUUAAAGACGCCGCCGCCAGUAUGCCGUCCAUCAAGGAAGAUGCCGCCGCAUCUCUCCCGGCCAAAUGCAACGUUCAAUUUAUUUUCCCCAUCUCCAGAAACACCGAUUGCAAGAAUAUCCAAGAGCAGACCACCGUAAACUGUGACCAAGUUAGAGGUACAUUGGUGCACUGCGUUCCUUUCCUUACCGGCACUCAAGCGGUUCCUACGGCUGACUGUUGCAGCGGCGUGUCGAGACUCCAAACCAUUGCCACAACCACCGCGGACAAGCAGGCGGCUUGCAACUGUGUUAAGGACACCGCCGCUACUAUGCCAUCCAUCAAGGAAGAUGCCGCGGCAUCUCUGCCGGCCAAGUGCAACGUUCAAGUUAGUUUCCCCAUCUCCAGGAAGACCGAUUGCAAAAAUAUCCAAGAGCCGGCCACUGUGAGUUGCGACCAAGUUAGAGGCACAUUGGUGCACUGCAUUCCUUUCCUUACCGGUAACCAAGCGGUUCCUACGGCUGACUGUUGUAGCAGCGUGUCGAGACUCCAAACCAUCGCCUCAACCACCGCGGACAAGCAGGCGGCCUGCAACUGCGUCAAAGAGACCGCCGCUAGUAUGCCCUGCAUCAAGGAAGAGGCUGCUGCAUCUCUCCCGACCAAGUGCAACGUUCAAUUUAAUUUUCCCAUCUCCAAGAACACCGACUGCAGCACGUGA